ACGCUGGCUGCUCGCUCCCCGCCCCUGCGCGCAUGAGCUCGCUCCGCUCCGGCUGCUUCCCGGGAGCCCCGCUCGCUCCCCCGAAAGCGACAAACCGCCGGAGCCGGGGACUCGCUGCUGCCCCCCGGCCCGGAGACAUGGGAGCGCCCCGCUGCUGGGCGCGGCGGGCUGCGCUCUGCUGCGCGCUGCUCUGCGCGCCCUGGCUGCCUCUCGGCUGGGCAGGAGAGUGCAAACAGCUGGAGCCGUGUGAGAGGUGCAUUGAAGGAGACGCUUCCCGGAACAUCACCGGCUGCGUGUGGAUGCGCUGCGGAGCCGCGGAGGAGCCAGGGCCCGGGAGCUGCAUUGGUAAGGGAGACGCCACCAAGGAGACGUGCUCCAUCUACAAUGUCACUGCUGUGUGUCCAGCGCGGAGAUCGCCCACCAAGGAGCCUCUGCGAGCGUCCACCAAGGCGCCGGAGAUCCUCACCCCAGGGACAACGGCCGGCCCCCCGCUGACAGCCACCCCCGAGUUCCGCCCGCCUGGCUUCGACUCGGCCAGCUUCGUGGGGGGGAUCGUCCUCGUGCUGAGCGUCCAGGCCGUCUUCUACUUCAUCAUCAAGUUCCUCAAGUCCAAGGACAGCACCUACCAGACGCUGUAAGCUUCCCCCGCCCCCCACACACACUGUCUGCCUUGGCCAGGUCCGGCCCUGGGGCUGGAGAACAGCUCUGAUCCCGGGAGUGGCUGGGGGCGAGCCCUGCUGUGUGUGAUGGGUCGUGGAGGGAGACCCUCUGGUGCCGCAGGCUCGGGAUUGACCCACCCAUAGCUGUACGUGGGGCAGCUGCUAGAUCCAGCCCGUAGCACUGUCCGGCUCCCAUCUUUCCACCUGUUUAGAAUAGCGCCGACUGCAAUCCGUCUACAGCCGCCGGGGGUACGUUUCCCCCUUCCGUGGCUAGGCAGUCGUGAGCCUCUGGGGUCUCUGCACCUGCUCCCCAGCGCGCUGAGAGAUCCUUGUGUGUCCGUCUCUGGCAGCUGCGCGCACGUGGCCGCGUGUGGCGGCUCCUGUGUCUUGCUCAUGGCCAUGCGCUGUUGGUUCGCUCUCAUGCAAACCCCGCUGUGAACCUUUCCGUGUUCUCCCUCUGCCUUUUCCCCUGUCCCAUCGCACUGGGGCGUCCACUCCACCUCUCCCUGCCCCGUGGAGGCCAGCGCCCCAGCGCGCUCGCUCCGUGAGCAAUAAACCCCAGCCCUCCCUCUGGUGGAGUCGCUCCUGUCUGUGUGUUUCUCAUCUGGUUGUUUUUCUGCCUCCUCGUCCAUCUGUUGUCGCUGGUUCAUCUCUCUGGUGCCUGCCAGCUGGCUUGUCCCCUGCCCGGAUCAUCCCCCGUCUCCCGCCGUUCGCAGCAGAGAGACAGGAUCCGGGGACGCAGCCCCUAGGAAAGCUCGUUCUGCUGAGCCCUCCUUGUUCAAACCCCUCACGCUGAUCGUGUCCAGGGCCUGGCCGGGGCAGGCGGGGAUGGGACGGAGCUGGGAAGUGGCUGUUUGCGAGAGGGGAGGCUGGGCCGGAGUCACUGAAGCUGGGUGAAACGGUGGCUCGCUCACUCUUCUCCCUGCGUGUCUCCAGAGGCUCUGGGCUGGGCCCAUUCAAGCCCCCCCAACACCCACACUCUCUGCUUCUCUCCACCUGCCGGCCCAUCCACAGCCCCCUUCCCCUCUCCAGAAUGAACACGCUUGGCCUGACGCCCCUGCCACGGUGCCAUGCCCCAUGUAGGGGCUGGCCUCUGGGCGUGCCCCAGUCCUGGGCACACCCUCGCCUCCUUUCCCCUCGGGCCCUGCCUCUCUCAGCCCCAGGCCCGGCUCAGGGACCUUCUCUCUUGGGGGAGCAGGGCCCCUGCCUCCCUUCGCCCCCCCUAGGAGAGCGUGGAGGGCAGAGGCUCGGGCUGGGCGGGGAGCUGGGCCUGUGUCUAAUGUCGGGGGCCGUCCCCUCUCUCUGUUUCCCUUG